AUGACUUCAAGAACCAAUAAAACAAGGAGUGAAACCAUUAGAAAGAGAAAAGCCACUCUUAUUAAGAAGGCACAUGAGCUCGGUAGACUUGACGGAAUAGAUGUUGCCGUCUUUAUUUUUCAUCGGAAUCAAUACUUUACCUACAAAUCCGUCGAUACAAUCUCUUGGCCACCAUCUAUCAACGAUAUACAAUUAACAUACCCUAUGCCUGUGAAUUUUACUUCUAAAGACAUAGAGGAAAGAUUAAGUUUGAAACGAAAGACAGCAGUAGAUGGAGCAUCACAAAAUGAAAAUUUGUUCUCUAUUUCCACACAUCAGGAAGUCAUUAAAGAGGGACAGCUUCGUGAAAACUCAUGCAUUGAAAUUACUCCUUCUAAGAUUGAGAAAGAUGAGGGGAGUGAUUUGACUUAG